AUCCGCCUGAGCAUAUGAACCACGGCGUCCAGCUGCCCGCGAGGCCAGUAUGAUGAGUGCACAGACAGAAGGCCCUCAUGCUCAUGCGUUCGCCCAGCUCCGACGCCGAGAAUGGCCUUGCGCGUGAGCCACCCAGCAGGUCGGAGGAGAUCUGCCACUCGCGGAUUGAAUAGCGAUGAGCAGGAUACCGACACGGCCGCUCUGAUACGCAGUCUCGCGGUACAGCCUGCAACUGAUGCACCAUCCAUCGAGGACGAGUUCGCGCGCCUGUCAGACAUCGCGGGGAAACUGCGGCUAGAGCUGGCAUCUCACUUUCCAUCGAAAGAUACCUUCCGGCAUGGCGGCGGCUUCGAAACACUACUCGAGGUACUUCGCGCUGUCAAUCUUCGGCUGGCCUCACCGCAAGAUGGGAACCUCGUCCAUGAUGCAGCGUCCGAGCUGAUGCAAAGUCUGCUUCGACUGCUGACGGAAGCCCUUGCUCACCACAGCGGGAACGAGCGUUACUUUGCCAAUCACGCCGAUGGGUGGCAGUCUCUUCAUGACUCUUUGGCAGUGACGCAGCGAACCUUCGUGGCCGUCGAUAACUGCGCGGGGAUUGCACAAUUGUAUGACAGCCUUCUUGGUUGUGCACUUCGGAGUCACGAAUGGGGAUUUAUGCGUACCCAAAUUCGUGAUGAAAAAGACACCAUCGCCGCUCUGGAUGACGUACUGGGCCCACGUACCAGUUUGGAAAAUGCUCAAGCGUGCUCAACGGCCGUAGAGCUCAUCCUUGAUUCUUCCUUGUAUGAGAGUGAAAGCAGUCGACAGACCCUUCGUCGCUGUGCUGCGGCGCUGUUGAAACUCGUCACUGGCAUUUGUGAUAUUAGCACAAGAAACGCUGUGGCGCUGUGGCAGACUGGUAUACUGUCCACGCUCAUCCGAACACAGAGUGACUCGCACUCUAGCGAGCUCAUUCGAAGAUUGGUUCUCUCUGUUGGUCGUUUUGGCUUCACGAACCUCCAUGACGUGCAGCAUCUAUUCAAGAGCGCACUGAGCUCAGAAGCUACACGAGAUGAUCUCCUGACCCUUCUACGAAGCUCAAAGCAGCCUGCAUUUGUGCAAUUUGACAUUUCGCGCCUAGGCUUUGCCGCUAUUGAGAUUCCCAGCCUGCGUUGGACGUUUCCGCCGGCACAAGGCUUCGCUCUGACAGCCUGGAUACGCGUCGACGAGUUUGACGCGAGCACGCAUACCACCAUUUUUGGCGCUUUCGACUUGGCUCAUUCCUGCUUUGUGCUGCUCUAUCUGGAGAAAGAUAGCCGCCAAUUGAUUCUCCAGACAUCAAUCCGAGCGCCUAAUCCGAGUGUGAGGUUCAAAAGCACGCACUUUGAGCCGAGUAGAUGGUACCACCUCGCCUUGGUGCAACGGAAGAACCCAACUGAUCCGAGCCAGAGUUUAGCAAUGCUGUAUGUGAAUGGAAACUUCGCUGAGCAGCGAAGACUGCCUUAUCCAGAGGUCCCAGAAGAGCCUGAUAAGUCCGACACAACAGGGACGCGCCGCCACAGAACGGUACAGGCGUUCUUUGGCACUACUCGUGGUGUUGCUGUGGAGCCAAAACCAAAUGUGAGCGUGUCGAGGUGGUCGUUGGGAAAUGCGCAUCUGUAUGCGGUUCCGCUGACAGAUGAAUUCGUGGCUGUUCAUUACCGGCUGGGUCCACAUUACUCAGGCAAUCUGCAGGAUUGUCUUGGUCCACUAUUAACAUAUCAUGCCUCUUCAGAGCUCAACCGAUAUAAUGAGUUACUGCAUCCAGAGAAGACGGACAAGUCAGACAUUGUCACAGCUACGGAGGGAAGAGGCAGUGAUGUUGUGUCAGAGUCCAAAAUCUAUCUUGGCAUCAGCCCACAUGCUGUUCUGGACUUUGAUGCACCAGCAAGAGGCCAGUUGAGCAGCUUCGAGCUGGACCAGAGAACGCUGCCGCGUUAUCAGAAGCUCAUGCAGACCACGCGAGCGGUAGCCAUCAAUACUGCUGCUGGAUCUAUACAUGAUGCUUUCGCGCGCUCGUUCGGCACUGGUUAUAUGAUAGGCGAGCCGGUUGUAGUCGUUCCUCGCGGCAUCGACGAUGCUACUUGGUGCCUAGCCGGAUCGCUGCCAGUUUUGACACAAUUACUGGAAUCCGCGACUACCCAGAAGGUGUUUUUGCAUGCGGUGGAAAUGUUUUGUGAGGCUGUUAAAGAUAGCUGGCGCAUUAGCGAGGCAAUGGAGAAAGGACACGGUUUUGGUGUGCUCGCGAUGAUCAUUCGAGAGAAGCUUGGAUUUGAGCUCGGCUCUGCUCAAUCCAUGCGAAGGCCUUCCGUGGUGCUGAGCACGGAAGAACGCCAGUCUCUGCCUCACGCAUUGCUGAUGCUGGUUCUGGGCUUCGCCGGCUAUCGCAAAGACGCGCCUGAGCAAUCUAUGCUGGUCAAUCCCAUGGCAUAUCGUGUUCUCCUGAUCGACUUCGAUACAUGGCGCAGAUGUGAUGCUCCCACUCAGCAAUUGUACUACCAGCAGUUUGUGGACUUCACCACGAACAAUCACAACAGCUCGUUCAAUCAGAAGCGACUUAUUCGCAUGCGGUGCAUCAAGAAGCUCAUCGAGGCCCUCAAAUCCGAGGAAAUCACUGCCCACGCGGCGCACCUGAUGAUGCAAUCACUGGGGGCUCUGAUCGACGGACAUUCGUCGCAGAGCAUGUACCGCGAGCUCGCCAUGUACGUCGCCUGGGGUUUGCAUGAUGAGCGCGCGCUUCCCCUCGCUCCGGCUCGAAACUUCGCUAGUACUGUCAGUCUCCGGCAGAAGGUAGGGUCAUGGAACAGAAGUGUUCGUAGUUCGAGACCAACAACUCCUGGUGGACUACCGCAAGCAGCACUCGGGUCUGGCUUGCCACGCUCCGAACUUGCAGUGCUCGUUCUGAAGCUACUAGCAGAUCUCACUGGUGACGACAAAUCAGCAAUGACCAUCCGGCGGUUCAUCAGAUCUGUCACCAGCCGGUGGCUCGUGCGGCUUCUGUCCGAGAACAACAUACGUGUCGUUGAGCUUACGCUGAGCAUCAUCUGCAAAGCGAUUGCAACUCUCGGGCCCGACUUCAAAACGUCCUUUGCGGACAAAAAUGCGGGCUUCGUGACUCUCAAGUUUCGGCUCAAGCUGUUCUGGAGGUCGUCUUCGGUGUGGUUUCUAGUUUUCGCCAUCUUAUUCGGGCGCAACGUGUCCCUGGAUUGGCUGACUCGGGACUUCACAGCCUUCAACCUGGUGGAACUUCUCGGCGUUGAUGACUCACUCAAGGUCAACAAUCCGGAGAUGUUGAGUGUCAUCUUUACGAUGUUGGAAGCCGGUUUGAGAAGAGUAACAGCUGAUGAUGCCACGAGCGAGACAGAGAGCAAGAUGCUCAAACACAUCGUACAGUUCCUAGGUGAGCUGUAUGAUAGAAGCAGUGCUUUCAGAGAGUUUGCGAUUAGCUCACGCUACUUGCAAGAAAUACUGUUCGUACUUUUCCCCUUGCUGACCGGAACAGAUCGGUUGUCUGCGGAAACAGAGCUACAAUCUGAAGCUCUCUCCUUCCAGGGCGAGGAGGUCAGAAUGCGGCCGCAUUCAACCACUACUGGUGAACGGCCUCCUUCUGUUCGGAGCUUAAACAUACACGAGACCAGUUCUAGCAGUAGGACGCCGUCUCCCAGAGCUGCCAAUCGGGUCUCUAAGCCAAGGAGAUUGUCGUCCUUCGUUCUCGUGAACGACCUCUUGGCUGUGCCACCAGCGCACUUCAAAGCUCCGAUGGCGCCUCCAACUGGUGCUCCAAUACAGAUCAAUGUUGCUAACGCGCUGGUCGAGAGCGUACUCGAGCUCGCCAUCACCCACAUCAUUGACCAAGUCUGUCACAAGGACAAAUUCAGUGGUAUUGGACUGUUUUUAAAGGUGCCUCCGGGAUUCAAGGAGCAUCAAGCCUACUUUGAAUCAUAUGUCUUGGUGCACGCGCUUUCGCAGCUUGGCAGUUACCUGCGUUUGCAUCAGGACUUAUUGGUUGAGACGCGAGUACUCACGAAUCUUGCUCGAUACUCUCAGCAUAUGGCCGAAGCAGUGUCGGAGGGCUGGUUCAUUGAUGGAGCCCAGCCACUUCUUGACUUCACCGGUGAGAUAUUGGAGCACCUACAGCGACCAGAGGUUGCCGAGAUGAAAGCCGUCAGGCUGUGUAGUCAGUCAACCACUGCCAUUCGUGUCAUCUUUCUCAAAGCUACGCUGUGGCGAUUGGCAGAACUCAACGAAGACGCCGGCGAAAAGGACGUCAGCGACUUUCUGAUGAAGAUGACCUACUGGCAGACCAUACUAUUUUCAUCAGAGAACCACGAAUCGACGUUCACAAAGCUCAUUUGCUACCUGCUGUAUCACAAGCUUGUAUCAAAUGUCCAAUCAGUGCGCGUGGCUGCCGCACAACUGUGGCGCAUAGUCCUGGUGCAGAAGCCUACGGAGACUGCUACCAUGCUCACGAACACGAUGGGUCCCGAUCAACGUCACUUGUCAACUGGCUUCAUGAAGCUUGUCUCUAUGGACGACGAGGACUUUCUGGAGUGGAUCGACAAUCAUCGCGAUAUGCUUGACCAUGUCUUCUACGACUCGCUUAGCAAACCUUGGGACGAUUUCGUUGAGGCGGAAAAUCGUACCUCGGAGGAGACGACCAAGAACCGACUCAAUAAGCGGAGAGACAAGCUGAGGCAGUGGAAAAUCGAAGAAACUAAUAACGAUGAUCUCGUCAACCGCUACGAAGUGUCCACGAACCAUUGGCGGGCGAAUGUUCAUGCACAGGAACGCGCAAAAUUGCAGCGGGCGCAGCAAGAUCACCAAGAAUAUGUGAACCAGCUCAUGACGGCGUUCUCAAAGGUGGAGAAGAGCGUGAGACAACCCAGUGGACUGGAACCCACACCUGUCAACAGAUGGCAGCUGGAUGAGACCGAGGCCAUCAACCGCAUGAGGAUGCGACUAGUACCAGAAACUGCUGAGCACCAACAAGCACUUGAGCCUAAGCGGAAAGGGUCGCAGCGUGCGCCCAAUGGUCAGCUUUCCAUUGAUACACGUCUGAGAUCACAGUCUGAACCACCUGGGUCGCCGGCUUUGCUUAAUUCCGGCCAGCCUUUGCCCUCCAUCGUGGACGGGACUUCUGAGCCAGUAGAACUCCUUGCGGAGACGGGCCCGGCACGUCCAAGAGGUGACUCGGUGUCUGAGUCGCAGAUGCUCGAAGGAGGAUUUGAGAUGGUGGAUGACCCGAAAGAGGACGAGGAUGGUCUGAUCGAGGACAAGAAUCGCAAGGUCAUGACCAGCUUGCAGCGGGGGGAUAUGGUACAGCAAUUAUACAACGUAUCCCGGAUAGUCGGCUUGGAGGCUUGCGAAGGACUGGUCGUGGUUGGUCAAAAAUGCUUCUACAUGCAGGACAACUUCUUCCAACGAUCGGACGGCGAAAUCGUAAGUGUAUCACAGGCACCCGAGGACGAGCGUGACCCAUACGUGCAACAUAUUUCUGGCAAAGACGUAGGUGCUCAGCGCACCAAGCACGCAGUCGGUGACCAAGAGACGCGCCAUUGGACCUGGGCCGAAGUACUCAGUGUCUCGAAACGUCGAUUUCUCUUACGAGACGUUGCUAUCGAGGUCUUCUUCGGCGAUGGGAGGAGCUACCUGAUUACUUGUAUGACUAGCAAAGUUCGCGACGAUCUCUACAGUGCUGUCGUUCACAGAGCUCCGCACAUAUACAGCACAUCUUCACUGGCCAGCGAAGACUCAUGGCGACUAGACACACUUCGCAAUCCAGAAGAGGCGCCAAAGAACUUGGGCUCGAAGUUCAACAGCCUCUUCAACUCGGGGCCAACCCAUGCUGCCACCAAAAAAUGGCAACGGGGCGAGAUGUCAAAUUUCCAGUACCUGAUGCUAGUCAACACGAUGGCUGGCAGGACCUUCAACGAUCUCACACAGUACCCAGUGUUCCCGUGGAUCCUGGCAGAUUACACAAGCGAAGAGCUCGACCUGGACAAUCCAAAGACCUUCCGAGACUUCUCCAAGCCCAUGGGCUGUCAGACCCCCGCACGCGAGGUGUACUACAAGGACAAAUUCAAGCAGUUCGCCGAAAUGGGCGACCAAAAUGCUCCAUCUUUCCACUAUGGAACACACUACUCGUCGGCCAUGAUCGUCAGUUCCUACCUCAUUCGACUACAGCCAUUUGUCCAGUCCUACCUCCUGUUACAAGGUGGUAAUUUUGAUCAUGCCGACAGACUGUUUGAUUCCAUCGAGAAAGCCUGGAAGUCAGCUUCCAAGGAGAACAUGAGCGACGUUCGUGAGCUGACCCCGGAGUUCUUCUAUCUGCCUGAAUUCCUGAGUAACAUCAACAAGUACGACUUCGGCACAAAGCAGGUGACUGACGAGCUGGUGAACGAUGUCAAGUUGCCCAAGUGGGCAAAAGGCGAUCCCCAUAUCUUCAUCAUGAAACACCGCGAGGCACUCGAGAGUCCAUACGUCAGCCAGCAUCUGCCUGAUUGGAUUGACCUGAUCUUUGGCUACAAGCAAAGAGGAGAGGCAGCAAUCGAGGCGACAAAUGUCUUCAACCACCUAUCGUACGCUGGAGCCACUGAUCUGGACAAGAUUGAUGAUAGAGUCGAGCAUAUCGCUACUAUCGGCAUCAUUCAUUCUUUUGGACAGACACCGCAUCAAGUCUUCCAGAAGCCGCAUGUGCAUCAUGAAGCUGACAAGCAGACUGAGCCGAAGUUAGACAGCUUGGCAGAAACGCUCGUCCGUCUACCAGACCCCGAUGUCCACACUGGUGAAAAAGUCGCGGAGUUUACGUUCGCCCCCCAUCAUGGUAGAGUCUUGGCCGCUGGACCUUACAAGUUAAAUGUCUUACCUGACUGUACUCGUUAUAUGCAAUGGGGUUAUGCCGACAACAGCAUCCGAUUCUUUUCGUCGCACAGCAAACGAGCGCUCGGUCUAUACGAGAACACUCAUGUCGGCCCAAUCUCGACAGCCACUUUCGUGGACAGCAAGACCCUCAUCACUGGCGGCCAGGACUGUACGAUCGGGAUCUGGAAGCUCACGCAGAGCAAAGACUUGAUCGAGAUCGCGCCCAGGACAUAUCUUUUUGGUCACAGGACUGCAGUUACUAUUCUUGCAGCAAGCAGAGUCUUCAGCACGCUUCUCUCAAUAUCUGCGGAUGGUCAAGCUCUCCUCUGGGGGCUGAACAAAUUCACUUGCAUUCGAGUCUUACUGCCCUCUGGCGGACAUGCAAUACACGCGGCGAAGAUCAGCAAUACCUCUGGGCACAUACUGCUUUGUCGCGGCUCCCAUGUGCUACUCUACACUCUCAAUGGCCACCUUCUGGUUGAACAGAAGCUUUGUGAGCGGGAAGAAGAUGAGAUUCUGUGUUGUGCUUUCUAUGAAGGGCAGGGUAAUGAGUAUCUUCAAAGGGAGCUGAUAUUUACAGGACAUGCACACGGGGUGACAAAUGUGUGGGCCUUGACGACACUCAGCGAUGGGAGCUGGUAUUUGCAAUUGGUGAAGAGAAUGCAGCACACAGAAUACUUGGAGUCCUCGAGCAGAGUGGCGGGUAUUACGGCUGUAUUGCCAUGUGCGCGAGAAGUGUAUACUGGGGAUGAGGAUGGCAAUGUCUGGAGGUGGGAGUGUGUGGUUCGUGGGGCCAGUGCGAGCUCGAGAGGGAGGUGAAAGAUGGUGAGAUUACAUUGGUGAGUGCACUGAGUCGAAGUGAAUAGUUACCUUAAGAAUAUAUAAACUGCGCCUGAGUGGACGCAAUGUUACUAUUUGCC